UAAUCACCAUGUAAAGGCUAUUUUUACUGUAAACAUGCAUUUUCAUGUAAAAUAUGGUUAAAACUAUGGGACUGUGACCAAGUAGCAAUGCAAUUUCAAGAAUUUUGCAGGAAUUUUCAUGUUUCCUAUUUAUUAGUGUAUGACACUAAUAAACAGGUCAAUUCGUUUUGUAUAUGAAAAAUUAUGGAAUCCUUUCGCAUCCUUACCUCAUGAUUAGAUACCACCCUACCGUUGUAUUCAUGCUAGAAAGUUUCAAAGUUCACUGAACUAAGAAGUCCAGAACUAGGUCAAACCAUGACGCUUUCACCGAGGCCAAACACUUUUGCUGCAAAGCAUAUCGUGGAAUUUAUUUUCAUCAGACGCUCAAUGUUCCCACCUGUUGCUUCGAGCCUACCAAACAUGUGCCACAUUCCUUCUCACAUUCCCAAACGCGCCAAAUUUAGCAUCCUAGCAACCAUACACACCUGUCCACGUUGCCCAAGCGAUAAAACAUCGAAGAGCUUUGUUUAUUUUUCUACUUGAAUUUGGACUGUGUAAAAAUUUUCUAGGAUAAAGGAAUUUCCCGUCUUUGCAAAAUGACGGAAAGAAAUAUCGAACUACAAACUACUCUGGUCCGUUACAACAAUCCGGUGUUAGUUGUUAAACACACAGAAAAGAAGGAAACCCCUCCGGAUGUGGCGAAGGAGCAAACGGGACGUCCCGGAUCCGGUGGGGCAGUCGUAGUGGAAAGCCCUCGGGAAACAGAAGAGAUCCUUAAUUGCAUUCUACCACCCAAGACUUGGGAAGAGGACGGGCAACUGUGGACACAGACGGUGUCCAGCACGCCAGCCACCCGCCAAGAUGUCAUCAAUCUACAGGAGAUGCUGGACACGAGACUUCAGCAAACCCAAGCCCGCGAAACAGGAAUCUGUCCGGUGAGGCGCGAACUUUACACGCAAUGCUUCGACGAGUUGAUCCGACAGGUCACCAUAAAUUGUACCGAGCGGGGACUGUUGCUGUUGAGAGUCCGGGACGAGAUUGCCAUGUCGAUGGAAGCUUACGAGACGCUUUACUGUAGUUCGGUAUCGUUCGGAAUACGGAAGGCACUGCAAGCCCAGGAGGGUAAGGAAAAACUGCAGGAACGGAUCCAGCUGCUAGAGAAGGAGAAGGAGACGCUCGAGAACUCGAUCAGUGAUAUGAAGAUCAAGGCGGAUCAGUCCGAACGAAGGAAUGCCGAGUUGCAGGCGUCGGAGGAGAAAAAGCAUGCCGAGGAGAUUGCGUUCUUAAAGAAGACCAAUUCGCAGCUGAAGGCUCAACUGGAAGGAAUCAUCGCUCCUAAGAAGUAAAGAGAUUAAGGCUUUCGUCAUACAAUUAGAUAUCUAGAAUUAUUUAGUCAUACAAAAAAUCUCACUUUUAUUACAUAACAUGGAGAAAUGCAUUUGCUUUCUAACGAUUUUA